AUGCAUGGUACAAGUGACUCACUAAAUGAUAGUAUUUUGCCUCAAGACGAAAAUCAAACAACUGGCUUUUGGAACCGACUGGUACAAAUUGGAAACAGUUGGAAAACCUUUCCUUAUCCUCCCGGUCUCAAGAAAGACAAUUCAGAAUCAACCUCACCAAGUACAUCAACUAAAGAACCAGAAAAAACACUUGAAGAAACACUUGGAGAAAGCUUAAAAAGGAAGAUAUAUGGUGCAGAGGAUUUGGAUCUUCACGAUAUUUUACGAUCAAUAGGGAAGAUCACAUGGUCAGAACGGCAACUACUGAUUGAUAAAAAUGAGAAAAUUUUGGAGAUAACCAAAAGCUUUCACAAGCCGUUUGAAAAUAUAACAGAAUUUUCAUCUAUUGUCGAUCAAGUCGACGUAAUUAAAGAGUUUUGCUCACAUUUUCCAAUAAAAGAUGAACUUAACAAGACGUUUGAAAAAUAUCUGGAAAACGCUCGUUUAUAUAAUGAUCCUAAAUAUAUUAUUAAAGCCUACACUUGCCACAACGAAUUUACUAAACGACUGAAUGCGCAUUUAGCUACCAAUGCAUAUCAUUCUAUAAAAUUGUACUGUACAAUUUUAAAUUGUCCCGCAUUACAUCUUACAAAAGAUUAUGUUGAUGCAUUCACUUAUAUUAUAUUUCACCCAAAGCUAAAAGAAUAUCGAGUUAAAAAUGAAAAAGUUUAUCGUGGUACCGUUCUUGAUGAUGAAAAGCUGAUAAAAGAACUUCAACCCGGUGAGAUAAUAUUAACAACGACAUAUUUAUCUACAACUAGAGAUUCAGAAGUAGCGGAGAUUUUUUGUGCUGUCGAUAGCAACAAUAGUAAAAAAAUAUCAGUAUUUUGCACAUACGCUCUCCAUAAUACUUCCCGUUGUUCAGCGCUCGACAUUAGCAAGUUAUCCCAUUUUGAUACUGAGGAGGAAAUUUUGCUCUUACGCUAUGUUCCAUUUAAAAUAGUAUCAGUGAAAAGAGCAGAACAAGAUGGAAGAAUCGACAUAUAUUUUGAAGAAUAUGCCGAAAAUGUACUAGAUCCAAACCAAUCAGAAUCAAACAAUCAUAAUUCAAUUCCAAUGCACAACAUUCAGCCCGGAUUUGGAAGACUCAGUUCAGCUGAUAUCCAAGAUGAACUAAAUGACAGCUGCUUGUAA